AUGGAGCAAGACGGAGACACCCCAGCUAUGCCUUUGAGCACGACUGUGGUAUCCUGGCAAACAGCUUUAUGGACCUUGCUACCUCUGGCUCUCAACUUAUGGGGACAGCCAAGCGGUAGAGUACUAUCUCUCCCAUCAAAACAUGGCUCUAUGCUGCGAUCUUUUCCACCUCUUGCGCUCAUGGACAGCAUCUCGCUUCUCGUCAGUCUUGUGUAUACCUGCUUCUUCCUACAUGUUGGGCCAUGUCAAUCACUUGCUCUGGUCUUUCAAGAACGCUUCAGCUCUCCAGAUCAAACUAUGCAUUAUCGUCAACUCCUACGGGAAGGACAGAGACUACGCUGGUUGAUGUUCGUUUGCGGGGUAGUGCAGUCCUCCAUAAAACUCAAUUCUAUGACUGGUAUCUUCUGGACGAAAGCCUGUGGAGCGUCUUGGGUCUUUUCAUGGCUUUUAAUUGAGAUUCUUUCAUUCCUAGCUCCAGGACCAACUUCGGACAGCCCAGCAGAAGGAACGCCCAGCUCAUCUACUGCAACUGACGACGAAUGGCCAUCAUAUUCCGGAAAUAGAUAUCAGUUGCAGCUCUGGCAAGCAUACUCGAAGAGGAUCCACUCAGAGUACCUUGGAAUAGCGAUAUCGAUCCAAUUCUGGAUCAGUAUCAGCAUGUUAGUACAUCUUAUUGUGCCCGACAUGGGAUUUCCCAACUCUCUCACGACGGCUAUGCUGAGGUGGAUCAUCAUUGGAUACUGCCCACUGGUAGCCGUACCUAGAUGGUACCCGAAGGUCACAAUGAAACUUGGACAGGUUCUCUCAGUUGGCUCAUUCAUAGAUUGGUGGAGCGGCACUUCAACAGUCUUGCUGUUCUGUGGUCUCGUACAAUGGAUACUGGAUCACUUCGAAGUUUUUCAUAACUAUACUCGGCCGUGGCAACCGUUAUUCGUUCAAUAUACUUUCUGCUUCAUGUCAAUGAUCGUGAUCACGGUCAUGCGGAGUAUACUCAGAAAAGUGGUCCGGUGGCUUCGCAGCAGAAGACUGGGUAGAUAUGGAUGGCCUACAGAUAUUAAUGCCAGACAGAGAGUCCUGGAUGAUAUACGAACAUCAACUGAUGAGUCUGAUGGCGAGACCUUGUGGCUUGCUUGGCUAUUGGCCACGAACUUCGCUGUAUGGGUGCUAUGGUAUGCGUAUCGAUACAAUAGUGAAGGAACGAACAAUCCUGGCUGGACGAUGGUGUUUGGAAAAUGA